ACUAGGAAUUGUUAAUUUUUAAAUGUCUUUUCCGCUCUUUCGAUUGAAAUGGCACGACUUUGAAAAAACUGUUUUAAGCAUUUUGUUGUUGAUUUUUUAGAAAUCUUUGAGGAAAAGGAUGAGGAUAAAAUUUUACUACCAUCAGUACUACAUUUCCCAGAGUGCCUCGCAUCAGUGCGACCAUCUACUUAUCAGAUUGGCGUUUUGUGGCCACACGAUGGCGUCCUAGACUUGUUUAAUAAAAUGAUUGUAUUCUGUACGAACCAGUCGACUCAAGUAAACUCGAGGUAAAGUUAUUAAUGUCGUUUCCUUAACAACAAUCACACGCGUAAUGUCUAAACCAAUAAAGCAACGAAACAUCACUGAAUAGUACCGUUACCACGCUACCCUUGAAAAAUAAUGGAACACUCCCUCUACCAAUAGAUGUAACAUGUUCCCACCUUUUACAUAAGUGGUUGGUCUGAAGCUAUCGAAAGGCCUCGGAUAUAAAUAUUAACCCGUGAAAUGAAACAGGUUGAACUCUGACUUCUUUAGCUGGUUUAUACGCUUGACGAGAACGAUUCCGGAGGACGAAGGCAGGGUUCUGAAAAAUGAAUUGGGACGCAACAGGAAACGGAACUGCUGAGGAAGAAACAAGUGGCGGGAACACUAUGGUGCGGGUUACAGUAAACAGUUGUCUGCAAAGUUUCUGUUGACGGUGUUAUAUUUGGUCUCCGUGGAGCAGCGCUCGUCUGCUUUUCCAUAAUAUCGCAAGACGACAACGCCUCUAGUAAGUGACUGCUGUUGCGAGGACGCUGAAGUUUACAGUUUGUUAUUAUGGUUAAGGCUGCGAAGAAAAGGUUCUGAUCCAAAACCACAAGAUCUUAUCUUGUCAGAUAUGGGCUGGGUGAUCUACAUAACUCAACAGACUCAUCAAAACAGAGUUUAAAUAAUGAUAAAAUAGUCUUUAAUUUGUUGUUUUCACGGAUUUUUGCUGUGUCUGGACUACAGUGGACCAGGUUCUUAUCCAAAAUCCAUCUUAAAGUAUUGUAGGUAGUCUAAAGACUCACACAGUUUCAGGUUUGAGAAACCUUUAUGUUAUUUUUGUGUGAUUAGUGAAAAAGUAUUUGUUGUUUUUCUUACCUAUCUUAUGUUGCACCCAUCUGAAACUGUGUUUAGGAGCAUGUAGCCUCUCUAGAGUAACUCGGGACAGAUCUCACAAGUCUAGCUAUCGUGAUUUUGAAUCAGGAUCCAGUCCGGUGUUGUCAAGACAGAAAACCAGAGACAGCCGACCCACCCUGUCUUGCACUGACACUGAUAGAAGAGUUCUACAAAUCUGAAACUGAGUUUUAAAAAGUCUGCAGACCCACUUAGAUAAGGUAGUCCGGAUCUGAGAUGAGACCCUAGGUCCUGUGGUUCUGGAUCAGGACCUGGUCCAAUGUAAUCUAAACCCCCAAAAGCAAGGAAACUGCCUGCUAUUGCAUUUCCACAAAUAAAAGAUAUUAUAUUUAUAAAACAUUUAAUCUAUAAAGGCCAGAAAGGUAAAAAUGUUUGUACCUGACAAGUUUCCUUUACCUUGCCUCUGCAGACUUUAUGAGGGGUGUCACAUGAUGUUGGUGUGACCGUUUUAUAAAUUUAUCAUCAGCAGGCCAAAUGAACCUCAUUUGUAUAGUAAAACUGGUAUCAUAAAUUUAAAACAGAGUUUUAAGAAAUCUUGGACCAGACUUUCUUGGAGUUUCCUACUUAAAAUAGUGGUGUUUCAAUAAAAAAGCCUUUGCCAGGUCUGUUUAUCCAGUACCACUUAAAUUUGACUCAGACUUUUGAUUUGAAAAAGUUUGAAAAGAUACCCUUUUUUUAAAUAAAAGUGCUAGCUUGUGUUAAAAACCUCUAACAGACUGUAAUAGAAUGUGAUUUUUUUUCUAUGUGUGGUCAGGGAUGAUGAUGAGUCUUUGCUUUUCCUGAGGUCAUGUAUUUUUAAUAAAUGUUGCCCCUUCUCCUUCACCAGACUGGAGCAGGCCAGGCAUGAGCGGUGCACACCUGGACGAAUGGCAGAGGAGGUCCUUUGACAUUUCAUCUGGCAACUGUACACCUGAACAGACGGCCGAUGCCUACCGGGCCCACAUCCUCUCCAUUCAGUAUGCAUGGGCAAGCUCCCAGCUCUCUCAGGCCGGCAUGGACAGCCUGCUCAGGACCUACUCGGAGCGCUACGCCGCAGUGCUAGACUCGGAUGACCCUCACAAAGGGCUUAACAACUAUGCAGAGAGUGCACUGCAUCUGGCCCGCAGUCAGAGGAACUACAGUGACAAAUGGGAGUCAUCCCUGACUAUGGAGAGGGUCCUGGAGCUGCCCAGUAUACAGAAGAUGAUUCAGACAGUGGGAGGUCGGGGAGGCUCCCAGGUGGCACCAGGAGAUGUAAACAUAUGUGUGGGGCAAGAGAGCAUAGGUAAUCUUUUGUCCGCUCCUUUUCCGACAGCCAGGUCAGAGCCUUCUAUAUUCAAACCUACAGUCCCACUGCAGCCUAGAAAAGUAGAGGUUAACAAUACAGCCAGUUACCCCACCACUACUUUUAUAUCAGAGAGGCCAAGAGGCUCUGAGAACAUCCCAGGUAAUCCAAAUUCAUUCCCCCGACCUCCAGCUAGACCUCAGCCAGUGUUCAGUCAUUCUUCAGUUCCUUCACAGGUAAACCCAGGUCCUGCAAGUAGCACACAAAACUAUCAAUCCUCUGUUUUCUCCAACCCCAACCCAACUAAACGAAAGAACUUCUACAACCCAGAAGCUGGAAAUGGUGGCAAGGGGCAACAUGGAGGUCAAGCAGGUACUGACCAGCGAGGUGGAAGCAAUUUCAAAACAGCUCGUGAGCAGUUUAUUGUUGAUCAGCAGAAAAAGCAUUCCCAUCAGCCCCAGAGAGGUCAGGCUCCUGGCAUGUCAGCAGCUGUAAAGAAAUCUCUGGGUGCUAACAGACCCCGAGGAACGUUUUCUAAAUUUGUGUCUCCUAUGCCUCGACAAGGGGAAGAAGAGGGAGGGGUGAGCCGGGACUCCCAUGAGGAGCCUCAGAUCAUGGAUGAGCGUCUGAAAAACUUUGAGCCAAAGAUAGUUGAGCUGAUCAUGAGUGAGAUCAUGGACCAUGGGCCCCCUGUUGCCUGGGAUGACAUAGCAGGCCUGGAGUUUGCCAAAACCACUAUAAAGGAGAUCGUAGUUUGGCCAAUGCUGAGACCUGACAUCUUUACUGGCCUUCGAGGUCCACCUAAAGGCAUCCUGUUGUUUGGACCACCAGGGACUGGAAAAACUCUGAUAGGCAAGUGCAUUGCCUGUCAGUCAGGUGCCACCUUUUUUAGCAUCAGUGCUUCAUCACUCACUUCCAAGUGGGUGGGGGAAGGAGAAAAGAUGGUGAGAGCCCUGUUUGCUAUCGCCCGUUGCCAUCAGCCUGCUGUCAUUUUCAUUGAUGAAAUUGACUCACUGUUGUCACAGAGGACGGAUGGGGAGCAUGACUCCUCACGUAGAAUAAAAACAGAGUUCCUGGUCCAGCUCGAUGGGGCAGCCACAGCCGCUGAGGACCGUAUUCUGGUGGUGGGCGCCACCAACCGGCCUCAAGAGAUUGAUGAGGCUGCACGCCGACGCCUGGCAAAGAGGUUAUACAUCCCACUGCCUGAAGCUGCUGCCCGAUGGCAGAUAGUAACUAACCUCAUGGCCCGAGAGAAGAACCAGCUUGGAGAGUCAGAGCUGGAAAGAGUGGUAGGAGCUACAGAGGGCUUCUCUGGAGCUGAUAUGACUCAUCUAUGUAAAGAAGCAGCACUGGGGCCAAUCCGCAGCAUCCAGCUCAGUGACAUUGCAACUAUAACUGCAGAUGAGGUGCGACCAAUCCUCUACAAUGACUUCCAGGAGGCUCUGAGGACAGUCAGACCCAGCGUCUCAGCAAAAGAUUUGGAGUUGUAUGAAGAGUGGAACAAGACUUUUGGAUGUGGACGUUAAACUGGGCUCAUAUCCUUACUGUCCUCUGUCUUCAAAUGUAUGUUAUUUUAUUUAGGACUGAGUUAUGAUUACUUUCUUUGCUGCACAAAAAGCAAACGGUGUUAGUGGAAAUGUAGGAACAGCUCUUCAACAGUCAUAGCUACACUUGAUUAGCAUGUGAAAAUUGUUUUUAAAAUGUCUAAAAUUUCGUUAUUUCUAGUUGACCUUGCAAUAAUAAAAAGAUGUGAGGAGUCAUUCAGACUGUACCCAGCUGUAGAAAUGUUUCAGGAGUUUAUUCAUGCACUGACUGUUUUAUUUAGCUGCUCAUCUCACAGGUGUUUUGCAGGUUUGUGGAAAGCAGCAGGAUGUUUUGUGCAGCAGAGAUCCGUGUUUCAGAGAAAGCAGUGACCUGCAUUUAGAUUUUUCAGCAAUAACUAUAAUUUUUGUCAUGUUUGAAAAACCAUCAGCAUACUAAGCAAUAGUUCCCUGUGGAUCAGAUAGAGUCAAUAAGACCUUAUAGUUCCUUAUAGUUUUGAGGUUUUUUUUAAAUGCAAUUUAAACAUUUUAGUUUUUUUCUGAUUGAAUAAAAAUUUGCAACUGACUACACAUCUGUCUCUGUCAUAAAAAC